AGACAAUCCCAGAGAACAGUCCUGUCCAACGAAUCGAAGGCAGCCCUGAUGUCAAGAAACACUACGAUUGCUGGCCUUUGAUAAGUAUGGCGGUGUUCUAACAUUUGGCAGAGGGUGAAGAUAUGAUCAAUACAUACUUGGCCGGAACGAAAACCAGCCUGCUCCCCGCGAGUCAAUCUUUCUCGGGUUUUGAACAACCUACGAAGUAUGACGGAAGCCAAUAGCUUGGACGCAAUCGGAAGUAGACUUAUCCCCCGAUAGUUGUUACAGGAACGACGUGAACCCUUUUUAAAGAUAGGGACAACUAUCGACUCAUUCCAUGACGUUGGUACACUCUCUAGUUCCCAGAUUUUGUAAACAACACAGUCAGUUCCUUAGUCAGAAAGUCACCACCAUCUUUAAACAGGGCCGGAGGUAAGUCAUCUGGGCCAGGUGAUUUGUAGCGCUUCAAGAGUUGGAGUUCCUUGCGGACUUCCUCCUCGUUUGGUGGAUCAGCGGCCAUGGAGGGCAGGACAGUCUGACCGAUGUUGCCGGAGCAGCAGGCUAGUUGAUCUGCCCAUCGUCCAAGACGUCGGUGGAUGUUAGUGAUUGGCAUCCCAUCAUCCUCGCAGAUUGUUUCACUCACACCAGACUUCUUGCUGCCAGUGGCUCGGAUGAGUUGGAAGAGCUUCCGGUAAUUACCAGAUACAACUGCUGCUUCCAUCUCAUUAGUACGCAUCGACCACCAGGCUUCUCGGUCCUUACGCAAGCUUUGCCCAAUUUCCUUACGUAACAUCCUUCGUUUAUGGUCAAACUCACGGUCACCUGGAGUAGACCGACGGGCUUCAAUGAGUUGUAAGGAACCAGAAGAAACCCAGUGCUUAUAAGCGGGACGUUUCAUGAACCCACAACUGACUGUACCCGCCAUUUUCAUGGCGUCAUGCAAUUGCAACCAAUGCUCAUCUAUACUUUUCGGUGGAGUGGUAGCUAGCCUAGAGGCUAGCUCGGUUCGAUACUUACUUGCAACAGAAGUUGCAACCAGCUUGCUAACAUCAAUCCGUUGGUGGCGGUCACUUCGUUGGCCACUGAAAAGUAAGGUAAGACUGGCGCAGACCAGGGUAUGGUCAGAGUCCAGAUAGGUACUCCAAAAGGAGCGGCAGUCUUGUACACAACCACGCCAGCGGUAGCUGAUCGCGAUGUGAUCAAUCUGAGUCCAGGCUUGAGAUGCAGAGGAAGGACGCCAGGUGGCACAUCGGCGAUGACUGUGCCGAAAGUUAGUGCUAGCCAGAGACAGGUUGUGGUCUGUGCAAAGUUGCAGUAGACGGUCCCCGUUAUCUGUCCUGCGACCAACGAGUCCCCAUCGGCCACCUAAACGACUCUCUUCUGUGCCUAGACACCCGACCUGAGCAUUCACGUCUCAGGCUAGUACUACAAUAUCUGUCGAGCUCACUUUCUGGAGAAGAACGGAUAACUGGUGGAAAAACCCAUCCUUGAUUGCAUUCGGGCUACAAUCUUUCGGAGCAUAGGCGGAGAUGACGAAAAGACAUAGUUUCCCACGCCGAUUUCUUCUCACUUUGAUGGAACUCUCUCAUCUAACAGCACAUAACCGACUGUUAAUGGGGAUCCAAUCGAUUAGUGCUGCCUCAGCUCUAGCGCUUAGUGCGACACCAACGCCAGCAAGACCAGAUGAAGAUGCCACAGAGUCCCCGGAUAAGCGCACGUAAAACAAGAUUUUCGAAGCGAUAGAUGGAGAGUGAAUUUGUAGUACUUCACCAGAGUCUUGAAUACGGGUCUCAGAUAGACAACAAACAUCAAUAUUAAGACUUUCCAAAGACAUAGCCAGCCCUAUAUGUUGUCCAACCUGCAUAAGUGUGCGAACGUUGAAGGCAGCCAGUUUGAAUGGUGCACGUGGUUUCAGAAAAACUGCUUCAGUUCUCGUAUUCGGUGGUAACAUACAAUUUUCAACCGGACAGUGACUCGAGAACGUUUAGAUAGAGUCGAAUUUCCACCAAAGACGAGCCGCUGUAUGAGUAUAAAAGGGGGUGAAUAAUGUGGAAAAUAAUAAUAAUAAUAAUAAUGAUAAUAAUAAUAAUAAUGACAAUAAUUGUAAUGAUAAUAAUUUGAAUCAAUUGAUUGUUUUUCGAAGUGAGAAAAGUAAUUUCCAUAGACAUAAAGAGUUCAUCAUUUGUGUGUGGGCUGUGAUACUGCCCGGGUGCCCAGCCCAAACCCGGUGAUUAUCUUAGGGGGCCACACCCCGAGCCUUUGACCUAAAGGUCUAAUCCACAAGGCAGUGGAGCAUCGUAAGGAGAUGCAAUCCCAUGGUAGCCGGUGACCAACGAUUGGUUUAUACGCCAUUUGUUCCCGCAGGAUACUGGAGCCCAUGUGCACCAUUGGUUUGGGAUCCGAUUAAAGCGCCGGACAUUCGCUUUUCGUCCUCUCAUUUUCGUAAACAACACCCCUGCCACGAGAAGGCAAUGAGAAGGACUUCCCUGGCAGAGGCUGUAUACGCGCGGCCGUGUGAGAGUAUUUCGAGAGGGAGAGCGGGCUCUCCCCACUCUCGACCGUACCAGGGCAUUCGGGGGCACAUAUCUGUUUGGUGCCUCCUUGUACCAAUGUUUACGUGUUUAAAUAAAUAAAUAAAUAAAGAGUAUAUUGGAAUACAUUGUUUAAAAUAUGGGUGAUGGAAUUAUUGGGCCCCAGCUUAUAUGUAAGUCACUAUAAUCAUUAUCUUUUUCAGUGAAAAACACCAUAUACAAAUAAACUUUUAGCAGCUGAAAUCUAGGCUGUAUGAAACCACUAAUUCGUUUGAAGAUCUUAUACACGUUUUAGAAAUUAUUUAUUCAGGUGGUACUUCGUUGUUCGGGAUAUUAGAUCUCCAGAACUCACUUGGUAAAUGUCUUAUUUUCCUAAUUUUGUUCCGGAAAUUUAGAUUUCUUGUUUUCGUGCCAAAAGCGCCCACUUUCACAUUCAUAUCGUAGUUCCUACUUGGGAGAACCUUGAAUGUCAUUGACUCGUUGUCUCUGAGUCUUCGUUCCGUUCUCAGAUUUAAGUGAUAUUGUAAUCUCUUUAAUCAUAGCAUUCGUGAAGUUUCAUAUCAUCUUGUUUUUCAAAUAUUACUGCAAAAAGUAUAACAUUGGAGUAGUUUUAAAAUCAACCAGAUAUUUUGUAGUCAUGUUUGGAUCUUCAUUCAUUCAACAAUGGGUAAAAUCCUAAUGUGACUCAUAUUAUUCCAUCAACUUACCCAACUAAACUGACUUUAGAUGUUGAUUUUUAAUGAUAAUUGGGUAGUUUUGUACAUUGUUCUUCAAUUAUAGUGUUGGUUAUUGAAAUUUAAUUUACCUGUUUCUGUUUGAGUAGUUACAUUCUUUUAGAUCUAACAGUUUCCCGCUCUUUUUACUUCUAAGUUUCAGCUUGAGUUGCAUUUUUUUAGCCUCGAGGAUAUACAUCCCCUUCAUAUUCUCAAUAAAUUCAGUGGAGUUUUUUCCGCCUAAAGUUUGUUUUCCUAGCGUUUCGCUUCAUAAUUCAAAGGAUUUUUUAAUUUUUGUUGUGAAUAUUCCAUUGAUUUUAAACAAUAAUCUCCAUAGACCUGACAGUUUGAUUUCCACCUUUAUGUACUUCAAUAUUUCUAAUCACACAAAUUUGUUAUUAUGGAGUACGUUUCAAUUUCUUUUUAAUUGAAAAUUCUUUUAUAACAACGUACGUAAGGUUUUAGUUACACUUUACUGUUUGAUUUGAAUCAGCUUUAUAUACUGCAUACUAAAGUAUUUUGGUUAGUCCCAGGAUUUCAUUAGUUCAAAUGACACCAGUUAUAAUCUUUCCUUUAGCAACUUCACAACUACAUGUUUUAUUUUUGUACAUAUUUAUUGCAAGACUAUUUCUUUUCUUACAGGACGUCAUAAUAAAUCCGUACCAAAAUCUUCUGGAGGUGGAAGGGAUGUUAUCACUGCAGCACCUGUUCCAAUUGGAGCUGUCAAAAAACAUGGGUUUGGUUUGUCUCAACAACAACAGACACAAAAACGUCAGCCUUUAAAUCCACAAAGUGCUUCUCAUUCUCAGAAUCCUACUGUAAGAUCCAAAAGCCCAGCUGUUCGUAAUCAUUCUUCAUCAUCUAAUACCUCUUCUGCGUCAUCGGAAAGUCAUGGAACUCAAAAAAUGAAUAAAGAAUCCUCAGUUGCAAUGAAAGCUAGUUCAGAUAUGAACUAUCGUGGUUCUAUAAACAACACUUGUCGUGAUAACGAUAAAAGCUCAUUACAAGGAACACAGAAACGAAAUAUGAUAGAUGCAAACGGAGCUAAAAUUUCUGGUUCAAGUUGUACUUCAUCUAAUUCUGGUGCUGAAAGCGAACUUCGAGAAAGGGCUACGACAAUUGUUCAAGGCGUUUGCAAAUCAGUUAAUGCUUCCUCUUUGCAUCAUCAACAUUCUACUCCUCAGUCGGUCUUAGAAGCAAAACAGGAAUUUAAAGAGAAUGAUGAUCGUUCUUGUCUAGUAGUACCGGGGAAUAAUAAUGAACUCAUUCACUUCGAACAAACUAAUCUUCUCAAUGAAAAGUCAGAACUCAGUCGUAGUUUAACAACUAUUGAUAAGACAAACCAAAUGACUAACAAUUUGGAUAAAACUGCAAAUGUUCCAUCCCUUAAUCCACAAAUUAAAGUAUUACAUACAGUCCAAGGCACAGAAGCUCUCGCUUUACGUCUUGAAGCUCUGCGUUUACAGUCUGUGAACUCAACGACCAAACCAUCUUCAAAUCCUGAGGCAGCUGCAAACAUAAUUGUGGAUUCCAGUCAUCAAGGUUCAUGGGGCCGUGGUGUUCUAAAGGCAUUAGGUGGAUUCUUUGUACAAAGAUCUACAGAAGGACGUCCGGAUAAUCAGUCGUCCACCCGACUACUUAAUAAACCACGUGAAGUCAAGUUCCCUUGGAGUGUAUAUACUACAAGCACAAAAUCAGCAGAAGAACUCCUUCAGUCCAUCAUACAUGCCCUUGAAGUCACUCCUGGUUGUCGUUAUUCACAUGACCCUCACCUUCCUUUUCUAUUGCAGUGUUCCUGGGCAGCUGAUCGACCUGCUAUCAAAAAGUCUGAUUCGGAAGCUGCUUGUAAAGAUCAAGCUAACACAUCCUUUUCUGGACCCCUUGAGGUUCCAAGUCACGGUGGACUUUUACGUGGAGAUCCGGUACAUUGGGAAAUGGAAGUAUGUCAGUUACCACGCGUUCACCUGCGUGGUGUCCGACUGAAACGAAUACGUGGAUCAACACUACAUUUUCGCCCAAUCGCUGAUCUUGUUAUGAAGUCGUUGCGUUUGUGAUACCUUAUUAGAAAUCGUUGCAAUAAAUAUACAGAUAGCUCAUGGUAAACUAUCACUUAUAUUUCAGUAAUGUAACAUGAACAAAAAAUGGAAAAAUAACUUCAAACCUUAUAGAACCAGUUCAUUGGCUUUAUAUAUUUCAUUUAUUUUAUGCGUCCCGUUUUUACUAUACUGAUGUCAAACUUGGUAUGCAGUUUUAAUGACUGCUUCCCUACACCUGUUAUUUAAAAAAAUAUGCAAAAUGAGACUUCAUUUCAGAUUCAAUCACAAUCCCAUGUACAGUUUUAUCUACCGGUUCACAAAAUUUGAAACUCCAGUUCAUCAUUUGUGUUUUGUUUUGAAACAUUAAUUUACCAAUAAUUAUUUUCUGUUAUCCAUUCAGUCUAUCACAUUUUUUGUCGAUUUCUUUGCUUCUCUCUUUCUGAUAUUUUUACUAGAUUAACUCAUUCUUUUGCAAUUCUGUAAAAUUAUAGGUUGUUUGGAAUAUAUAUAUUUGCACAUAUAUAUUUGCUAUCACUAGUUAUUUUUAUUUCCCAUUGAUACACACUCUAUCGCUCACAAUAUAGCGCUCCUUCUCUUUACUGUAUUCUUAACUAUUUUCCUAUGUAAAUGUUUAGACGAUUAACUUUCAUCCCGUUCCGUAUAAAAACUUUCAAAUUAACGUAAUAAAUGAUCUUUUUAACAUAGAUUAAAGUCUCGUACGUAUGAUACUGAUACGCUUAAUAAUAUUCUGAUUCACUUAAUAUUUUACGCGUUAAUCUAUAAUAACUAUUAUUAUUAUUACUAUUAAGGUUUCAAUUUCACAUGCAUAAAUAUUUCUGUAUUUAUCUGCCUUGUGGUUUCUCAGUCUAUCUAUUAUUUUUUCUUUAAAUCUACUGUACUACUAUCAAUAAAUCUUUUAAUCAAGAUUAAUAUUUAUUUGUGAAAUUUACGGUUUGUCAGUUAUUUGACUUAAAUGAUUUAUUAUCUUUCUAAUUAUAGUUCAAUUUUCUAAAUAUUCUCAAGAAGUUAAGCACAAUAUAGACCUAGUGUCAUUAUAUUAGACUGAAUAACAUCAAAUGUUCUUUUCAUAAUUUGUUUCAACAGAACUACUCAAGUUCUUAAUACACCUUGUUUUCUUAGAUUCCAUUCCCCAAUCAAGCUAAGUUUCGCAUGUAUGAAAUAUAUCUCAUAGUAAAUUGAGUUCAAAACAUUAGAUUAAUCGCAUAUUUUAGGUAGUCGUUUUGAGAAUAAUCUUUAUAUCGUCGUAACCUCUACAUUACAAUUUCUAAUAUACAGAGUAUUGACCAAUGUAUUCCUUGUGCUGUAUAUAAAACUGUCGUUGUCAUUCUUGAUGAUAUUGAUGCUAGCAAGCAAUUUCAUUGUCCUUACAUGUAAUUUCAGUAAUUUGCUAUAACUCUACACUCUUCAUCGGUUAGCUGUUUUAGGGGACGUUUCGUAAGUAACCAAUAUCUGAAUCUAUACUGUCUAAUGGUCC